AUGGCGGACAGUGGCGGAGGUGACAAAUCACUCCCAGAGCGGGUCAAGGAAAAGGUCAAGGAGAACAUACCAGGUACUGCCGAACAGAAAGAAAAGAAGGAAAAGAAGAUAAAGGCACCGAAACCGCCAAAAGCUCCAAAAGCACCAGCAGAGACGAAGGAAGCCAAUGCCAAACCACCCAAACCAGCCAAAGCAGAGCCUGCUGCACCACUCGAUCCAGAUGCUAUGUUCAAGGAAGGCUGGCUUGCCAGUGUGCGAAAAGAGCGACCAGAGCAGGAGUCGGUGGUUACACGGUUCCCACCUGAACCAAAUGGCUAUCUUCACAUUGGUCACAGCAAGGCCAUCGCUGUCAACUUCGGAUUUGCCAAGUAUUACAAAGGCAUCUGUAAUCUACGGUUCGAUGACACCAACCCUGAAGCAGAGGAGGAGAUCUACUUCAAGAAGAUUGAGGAAAUCGUGCGCUGGUUGGGUUUCGAUCCAGCAAGGAUAACUUACUCCAGCGACUUCUUUGAUAAGCUGUAUGAGCUCGCAGAAAAGCUGAUCUCCAUCGACGGUGCGUAUGUGUGUCACUGCACGCCAGAUGACCUCAAAGACCAGCGAGGUGGCACUGAUCCAAAGAACAAGAAGCCUCGCUAUGCCUGCAAGCACCGCUCACGGCCAACGGAGGAGUCUCUAGCUGAGUUUCGAGCCAUGAGAGAAGGGAAGUACAAACCAGGAGAAGCAUUCUUGCGCAUGAAGACGGAUGAUUUUAAGAUCGGCAACCCACAGAUGUGGGAUCUUGUGGCGUAUCGGAUUCUCGAAAAGCCUCAUCAUCGCACCGGCGACAAAUGGCGGAUCUAUCCCACGUACGACUUCACUCACUGCCUAUGCGACAGCUUCGAGGGCAUCACCCACUCUCUGUGCACGACUGAGUUCAUACUGUCUCGAGAGUCAUACGAAUGGCUGAACAACACUGUCGACGUUCCCCACAAGCCGAUGCAGAGAGAAUAUGGUAGACUCAAUGUCACCGGCACAAUCAUGUCAAAGCGGAAGAUCAAGAAGCUAGUCGACGAGGGCUAUGUCAACGGCUGGGACGAUCCUCGCAUCUACACUCUUGUUGCUCUUCGUCGACGCGGAAUACCACCGGGUGCUAUUCUGUCGUUCGUCAACGAAUUGGGCGUGACCACAGCAAAGACCAACAUCCAGAUCACACGGUUCGAGCAGUCAGUUCGGAAAUACCUGGAGAUGACCACACCACGGCUGAUGCUGAUCCUCGAUCCGAUCAAGGUCAUCAUUGACGACCUACCCGAUGACUACAUCGAAGAGCUCGAAAAUGGAUUCGGUCCCAAGGAUGUUGACAUGGGCUCGCAUAAGAUACCGUUCACCAAGACGGUGUAUAUCGACCGGGAAGACUUCCGAGAAGUUGACAGUAAGGACUUCUUCCGAAUGGCACCUGGAAAGCCAGUCGGUCUGCUGAAGGUCCCAUUUCCUAUCACGGCCAAGAGCUUCGUCAAAGACGAGACCACCGGCCUGGUAACGGAAGUCCAUGCCAGCUACGACCGACCACCAGAAGGUGAGAAGUUCAAGAAACCAAAGGCAUACAUCCAAUGGGUAGGCGAGUCAGCCACUCAUAAGUCUCCCAUCAGAGCUGAGGUCAGGGUUUUCGACCCGCUCUUCAAGUCGGAUGACCCAGACUCGGUCGAGCCAAGUUUCAUUGCCGACAUUCGAGAGGAUUCUCUGAAGGUGUACCCAAAUGCGGUGAUCGAGGCCGGAUUCGAGGAGAUUGACCGUCGUAGACCAUGGCCGCAGGAAGCAGGGGAGAGCAAGAAGGAGGAUUGCGGUCCCGAGUCUGUGAGAUUUCAGGGCAUGCGCAUUGGCUACUUCUGCAAAGACAAGGACUCUACGGAUACGAAGGUGGUGCUGAACCGAAUCGUGAGCCUCAAGGAGGAUGCUGGCAAGGGAUCCUGA